AUGUCUACCCAAAUGGAAUUCAUAAUGCAAUUAUAUAUGAUGAAUUUAUUACAACAACAACAGCAACAAUUGCAACAAAAUCAGCAACAACAGUCACAAUUUGCCCUGAGUCCGGUGAAAACCAAGGAAUUGGAAUCCCUAAACACAGCAACACCCACCAAUUUAAGGACCCAGCAACGCAAACUGUCACAAAACACCAACACCAGUAGUAGUAGCCGUAGUUGUAGUCCCAAUAGUAAUUUGAGUCCGCAAUUACCACCAACACCUUUGACUCAGCAGCAGCAACAAUCUCAGGCCAUGAAUCCCAUGUUGUUAAAUAAUUUGCCGGCCUUGACCCAAUUCAUGUUAAUGCAGCAGCAGCAACAACAACACCAACAAAUAACCUCCUCCAAUCUCCUGCUAACACCCACCACACCCAAUUCCUCCUCCACAAAUUCAUCAUCCUGCACGCCCUCCUCCACCUCCCUAAUGGCCGGAAAUUAUUUAGGCAACUCAUUUGGGGUUUAUGGAGCAGGAGGUUCAACUACUGCUGGCUUUUCUGCAACACCACCUCCUCCCUCCCACUCUGCUUCCGCUUCUCUUUUCUUUCCCUCUUCUGCUUUUCCAGCACAAAAUUCUAGUUCUUUUAUAGCCUCCAGCACCUCACCAUGCACCAAUUUUCUUCAAUCAUCUACAGUGACAUCGACACCAAAUGCCGCCGCUGCCUCCGCAAAUUUGGUUGCCUCUGUUGAUGCUCAUAGUGUAGACGAAGAAGAAGAAGACGAUGUGAAAAUUAUUAAAACCGAACAAUUGGAUACCGAACAGGAUGUCCAUAGUUUGGCUAAUUCCACUAUCGGCCUCAGGCCAUUGGAAUUGACCUCGGAUUCUAUGGAGGAUUCCAAGCAAAUGCCCUUUACACCCGAAAAAUCCGAUUUCUCUGUGAAACCCCUUGGAGACCAUGAUCCCUCAAAUGUGACACCGGUGACAUUGAAAAAUGCCAUUUUGACACCACCCUCUAGCGAACAGUUGUGUUCGAAGCAACACGGCAGUUCCGCAUUUGAAGGCUCAUCGUCUUCAUCGGGUGGCAUGAAUAAAUCAUCAUCGACGGCAUCGAAUUCUUCAGCCACCUCAGCCACCACCUCGGCCACCAAUCUAACCGGUAGCACUUGCAUUUCGGCGGCCACCGGUGUUGAUAGUUUCCUUACCGAGGAAAAUCUCAAACAUUUACGUAAAAAUUCCUCCUAUUUGGAAUGUGAAAAUCCCCUAUGUCGCCAGGAGAAUCUUCGUGAACAUUUCCAUUGCUAUGAGGAACCAUGUCAGGGUAAAAUUUUGAGUAAAAAAGACGAUAUCAUCCGCCACUUGAAAUGGCAUAAGAAACGUAAGGAAAGCCUUUUGUUGGGUUUUGCUCGUUUCUCAUCGUCGGAUGAUUGUGCCCCUGAAUAUGGUGCCGGAUGUGCGUACAAUUGGAAACAGACUCAUUAUCAUUGUGUCUAUGAGGAAUGCCCCAAGGUGUACGUGAGCACCAGUGAUGUUCAAAUGCAUGCCAAUUUCCAUCGUAAAAAUUCGGAAAUUGUUCAGGAAGGUUUCCGCCGCUUCCGCGCUCAUGAAAAUUGUAAAAUCGAAGAGUGUCCCUUCUAUGGCAAGAAGACAUCGCAUUAUCAUUGCUGUCGUGAGGGUUGCAAUCAUACGUUCAAGAAUAAGGCUGAUAUGGAAAAACACAAGGUCUACCACAUGAAGGAUCACCAGCUGACCCAGGAUGGUUUCAAGAAAAUUUUGAAAACCGAAAAAUGUCCCUUCGACAAUUGCAAAUACUCGUGCGUUUCGAAUCACAUCCAUUGUGUUCGGGAAAAUUGCAAUCACAUUCUGCACUCGAGUACCCAAAUGAUUUCACACAAACGUAAACAUGAUCGGGCCGAGGGUGAACAAAAUUAUCAGCAGUUCAAGACACAAAGGGAUUCCAGUGAAGAAGAGUCUCCCAGCAAUGUAGCGGUAACGGCGGCAACUACCAAGUCGACUCUCAGCAGCAGUAAUACCUCAACCCCAUUGUCUUCGCUGUCGGCUGAACACUUUUUGGCCCGCAAACGUGGCAGGCCACCAAAGAAAAUUCAAUUGCCCUCCGAAGUCAAUGAAGCCAAACGUGUCAAAUUGGAAGCCUCAGCUGACUCCAACUCGAACAGCUCAAUUCCCAAUGCCACGCCAGCUGCCACAGCCGCCAAUCCUUUGGCCUCCACCACCAUGCCUUUGAUGAAUCCCUUUAUGGCCAAUUUUAAUCCUGCUGCCGGUGUAGAUCCCAAUGCUCCCAAUUUCCAAUUGACCCAUUUGAUGGCCCUGUUCCAAUUGCAAAAUCCUCUCUUCUAUCAAAAUCUUUAUCCACAUGGACUUACAGCUGCCAAUAUGGCCAAUAUCUUGGGUGCAGCCAAUUUGCCAGCGGCCAAUGCCAACAUCAACACCACACCCAGCACCCAAGUUAAACAGGAAUUCAAUGAGAAACAGGAAUUUAAGGAAUGA